AUGACCGCCACCAACGAGUCUCCGCCAAUUGCUGCGGACGAAAAGUUCGGCGCCGAGAAGACUGGAAAUGGCAGCCUACAUCCGACAAACAGCGUGGUCGAGGGGCACACGCAACUGCAGGAGGAUCGGAACGGCCAAUUUCAUCGCUCGUUUACUCCACGUCAAGUCCAUAUUAUCUCAUUGGGAUCAAAUAUUGGAAGCGGAGUCUUCAUUGCGACUGGGAAGGCACUUGCAACAGGCGGCCCAGGUAACAUGGUGCUAGCUUACCUGAUGGUAUGCAGCUGUGUUUGGGCCGUCCUCCAAUCACUAUCGGAGAUGACCAUCGCCUUCCCCGUAUCUGGAAACUACAUUGACUACGCCGAUCGUUGGGUUGACCCAGCGCUUGCUUUCGGAGCCGGCUUUGCUGAAUGGCUUGGUUGGUUUCUGUCGACCUUCCUACUGGCCUUAGUUGCUAAUGAUGUGAAGGAUGGACUGCUAUCGUCGCCGCAGAGACAGGAUUCUUUCACGUAUUGA